UUAAGGUUAUAUUUCAUUCUGAGUUUGCAGUCCGAAUAUAGUGAUUGACAAGAACGAAAACGAAGCAACAACACCAUAAUGCUAAUUACAGACUUUUAUGCAGAUCGCGAAGUAUUCAUUACAGGUGGUACAGGCUUUCUGGGUAAGGCCUUAAUUGAAAAACUAUUACGUGACUGUCCAAAAAUCAAGGUAAUCUAUAUUUUGCUGAGAGGAAAACGUUCAGUUGGUGUUGAGCAACGUUUAGAGGAAUUUAAAAAGAAUAAAGUAUUUGAUCGCAUAAAUCGGGAGUGUCCGGAGGUUUUGGAUAAAUUACAUGCUAUACAAGGAGACAGUCAAGAAUUGGGUUUGGCUAUAGCAGCAAAAGAUUUGGAAUUGUUGAAAAAUGUCAGCAUUAUAUUUCAUAUGGCGGCCAAUGUUAAAUUCGAUGACCCUUUACGUAGUUCUAUACUGCUUAAUACACGAGGCACUUGGGAACUGUUGAAAAUUGCGGAAAAACUUAAGCAUCUAUUGGCUUUCAUACACUGUUCGACUGCCUAUUGUAAUCCCUUUGAGAAAGUUGUAGAGGAAAGAGUUUAUAAAAUUCCAGUGGAUUGGCGUAAGGCCAUUAAAAUAGCUGAAACUUAUGAUGAAUAUACCAUUAAUGCUUUAUGUGCAAAAUAUUCUGGUUAUUGUCCUAAUACUUAUACCUUUACCAAAAACUUGAGCGAACAAAUUAUUCAAGAAUAUUCUAGUAAAUUACCCAUAUCCAUAUUACGUCCCUCAAUUGUGAUAAAUGCCUUAAAAGAACCUGUACCCGGUUGGAUUGAUAACAUGAAUGGGCCUUUGGGUGCUAUGGUGGGUCUAAGUGUUGGCAUUCUACCCAUGUCAUACUGUAAUGCAAAUAUGGAAAUGGACUGUAUACCCGUAGAUGUGGUUACAAAAUUAACUGUUGUGGCCGGCUAUAAACUAGGUUUGCAGACCCUUAGAAAAGAACCUAAGGUUUUAGAAGUUAUUAAUUGUGCUUCUGGUGAAUUUUUUAGUAUAAACAUGCAUCGUGCUUCUAUAUUGUAUAAUAAAUCAAUUGAAGAUAAUCCCAUGGAAAAUUGUAUUUGGUAUUUCGGUUCCCCUUGGCUGACAUCGUGUUACUAUAACUUUGUCUUUCAUAUAUUUCUAAUGAAUCUACCGCUGGCAUUGCUAAUCGAUACUGCUUUGCGUUUAGUGGGCCAUCAGCCGUUAAUGAUAAAGAUUUCUCGACGUAUUAUGUAUACGAUGAAGGCAAUUGGCUUUUUUUCCAUGACGGAAUACAAAAUAAUUAAUAAAAAUAUGAUCGAAUUGGAUAAAUACAUACCGGAAAGUGAAUUUGAAACUUAUAACGUUAUAAAGGAUAUUAAAGAGGUAGAUUUCUCGGAAUUUUUUGAUAAUGCUGUGCGCGGUGCUAAAUACAAUUUUUUUGAUCAACCUACUGUAGCAACUGAUGGUUCCCGUAAACGUUUCAAAAUCUUUAUUAUUGUAAACAAAAGUAUAAAAUUAUUAGUAUUUGCUCUAGUUUUAAAUUAUUUAUGGUUAAUUGCUUCAAAAUUAUAAUUUGAAAUUGAUUUGUUGAAAUAAAUAUGGUUAUAGGA